AUGACAACAAUAUCCUCCCUUUCGCGAAGCGCCGCGGCGUCUACGGCUACCGUCCUUGCGUCAUCCUCACCGAUUAAACCAAUACUCCGCAAAACUUCUUCCAUUUUGGGCACGAGGCUACGAGGAUCCGGCGGGAAUGAUUCCGACAAUGACGACAACGACGAACCCCCGGCGAAGCGACAGAAAAAGAAAACGGUCGUGUUCAACGAGGCGUUGAAUGUUGUUCGCGAGAUCAACGGCAAGACAUUGGAAGAUGCGAAGGAAGAGGUGCGGCUGGCGCUGGAGGCGCACGAGCGUGGCGAUGAUGAGGAGUAUGAUAGGUUGAAGGAAAUCUUCUUGGCGGGGUCGAGGCAGUAUGGUGGGGGGAAACACGACGAGGAAGAGGAGGAAGAUAGUGAGGAUGAUGAGGAUUGGGAUGUCACAUUGGGAGCGAGACCGCAGGACCUGCUCGUCUACGUGGUUGCGCUUACUGGGUCAGUACCACUGCUCGGGCGCUCGUGUACUGGAUUACUUCGAAGUGUGUUGCGGUGCAGCUGGCUAGAGCGGGACGAGACGUUUGCGAAGGCGUACAUCCAACUGCUGGCGGCGCUGUCGUCGGUGCAAGGAUCGCUGUUUACGCAGGUGCUCACCAUGAUUGUCGACAAGUUCACCGAGACGGGGCGGACCUCAAAUAUCAAGGGGUUUGCACCAGUCGAUCCCCAGACCAAGAAGAAGUGGCUCCAUGUUGGGCUCAAGUACCUUUUGGAACUGUUCCCGGCAGGACAGCGGAUGGUUCUCAACUUGGUCGCGUCCAAAUUCCCAUUCACCGAGGAAUCCAGGGAGCUUCACAUGGAGUACAUCGACCACCUGCUCCGCCUCAAGACCUCACGGCCAGAACUGGAACGGGACAUCAUGGAGCUGAUCCUCUCGCGCCUAGUGAAGCUGGACGUUGAGAUGACUCUGGAUUUGGAGAACGACGACGACGAGACGACGAGAGCAGUACUACGCCAACUGGAUACAUCAGAUGCCAAGGAUGGUGAUGGGGAUGAUGACGACAGCGAUGCCGACUCGGUUAUGAGCGACGACGACGAUUUAGACGAGCACGCCAAACGGGUGUUGGUGAUCAAGAGCAAGCUAGAGACGAUGGAUGCGAUUCUCGAUCUACUCUUCUCCAUCUACAACCCUAUCUUUGAGGAGCCAGAGAGCCCAAGGGCUAUAGAGGCGUUCCAGGACUUGUUGAGCGACUUUUCCAACGUCAUCUUGCCGCAUCUCAAGUCGCGCCACACGCAAUAUUUACUCUUCAAGUUUGCCAUGAAAUCUACUCAGCUCAUGGAGAUGUUCAUUGGGACCUUGUUUAAUCUAGCCUUUGAGUCUAACAGGCCACCGGUUGUGAAACAGGCCGCAGUCGCGUACUUGGCGAGCUUCACGGCACGCGGGGCCAUGGUGCAGAGCGAUCAGGUGCAGCUGAUUACCAACACCUUCCUCGGUUAUAUGGACCAUUAUCGUGCCACCCAUACGAGCUGCCGCGGGCCAGACGUGAGGCGGUACAGCCAGUACUAUGCAUACUUCCAGGGGCUGCUUUACAUCUUCUGCUUCCGCUGGCGUGACCUGAUCGAUCAGGACAUGCUCCCACCGAGUCUUGAUUGGGAUGAUCCGGCUUCGUUCAUUGGGCAGGAUCUGCCAUGGAUGACGGGACUGAAAACUCGGCUGCAGGCCAACAUUGGCAGCAAGUUUAACCCCCUCAAAUGCUGCUCCCCUAUCAUCGUGGACGAAUUCGCGCGCCUCUCCCACCACCUCCGGCUCCUCUACAUCUACCCCCAAAUCGAAAAGAACAAAUCCGUGCACCUCUCACAAUUCUUCACCGGCAGCUACGCCACAGGCGGCGCCCUGCGCGACACCGGUUUUGAGUUCGACGACGAGAAGUGGACGCAUCUCGAAGCAUGCUUUCCGUUUGACCCGUUCCAGUUGCCUGUGGCUAAACGGUGGUUGGAUCUCGAGAGUAGUUAUGUCGCGUGGCGGCCGAUGGCAUUGUUGGAUCGGGAUGAUGAGGGGGAGUUUGAGAAUGGGGACGAGCACGACGAGGAUGAUGAGGAUGGGGAUGGGGAUGAUGAUGAUGGAGAGGAUGAGAGGGACGGCGACGACGACCAAGGCAGCCGGCCUUCGUUCUCGGACUUCUGGAAGAAGUCCAAGGAGGCGCUCGGAGGAGGGAAAAAGAUUCGAUUUGUUGAGGGGCUUCCUGGAGGAGGAGCAGGCUCAUCCGGCAGCCCGAGCCUCAACGCUACUCCCGCCGACACAGACGCAGCUCUAGCAAAGGACAAAGCCCAAGCCCGGCGCGCCCAGGUGCGCAAGGCCCAGAUCCAGCACCGCCAGCGCAAGGCCAACUACGUCAAGCAGCUCGAGAUGGACGUGGCGCGCAUCCGCGAGACGAUCGAGGCGGCCGAACGCGAUACCCGUGCCUUGCUCGACGAGAACAAGGCCAUGCGGAUCCGGAUUCUACAGGCGGCUGGCGGCGGCAACGGCGGUAACACGGCCGUGCCGCUGUCGUUGAAUCGUGGGGUGGAGUUGUUGCGGGAGAUGCCACUGCCGACGGAACUCACCUCGGACGUGGGUCUCGAGCACCUCUGCCGCGAUCACUUCCACCCCUCCGACUACCAACCCCCGCCCCCGGACACCGUCUACCCGAUCCCGCUGAUCGGCCACGCCGGCCACGGCCACACGCUGAUGGCCACCAGCCUUGCGCUACAAGGCGCACCACCGGCCAUCUUCAAGGCCGCAUCCCGCAGCGGCAGGAAAGGGGGUGGUGGUGGUAGUGGUGACAACGCCAACGCCAACGAUGACCCCCUAUCGUGGACCGCGAGCAGUCUCACCCUGCGUGCCCUACACGGUAUCGCCUCAUCGCUCAACCCCAACGAUCAAGUCGAGGUUACGCCUAUCCAGGCGUUAUUUGAGCUGUUGGCGCGGUUUGGAGGGGGGUGGUUGGAGUCGACGGGCGUGCCGGGCAGCGUGGACGACGGCAGCGAUUUGUUGCUGUCGGAACGGCUUAAGAGAGAGCUGGUUGGGGUGGUGAAAUGUCCGCAUUAUGGUGCGAGUAUGGAGAGGGGGGCGUUUGAGAAUGUUGUGGGGAGGGUGCUUGGGGUAUCGUAUUGA